AGAUGGAGCAGACCCUCGUCUAAACAAGAAAAACCCAAACCCGUGAGGCUCUCUCUCUCUCUCUUUCUAAAACCUUAUCUCUUCUCCAAUUCCCAUACUCACUCUCCAAUCCAAAACCCAAUCCAAAACCCAAUCCUGGUCUCUCUCAAAACCUAAAACCCUGCUCUCACACACAGCCUCCAUCCAUCAAUGGACUCCUCCAAGCUCCCCGCUCCACAACUCCCUCUGCACUCAUCAGGUCUGGGUAGUGACGGUGAGGAGGGGUUCGUCAGUGGGGAGGAGGAUUUCGAUCCUGGUUUGGAUAGGGCGUUUGUCAGAGACGAACAACAAACCCUAGCUCCGGCGGAAGGGGAAGUAGUAGGUAGUAGCAGCAAGGCUGUCAAAUUUGUUAGUUCUUCCGAGUUUUUUCUGAGGCCGAUUGCCAAGGUCUCCGUGGAUGAUGAUGACGGCGAAGAAGAAGAAGAAGAAGAAGAAGAGGAUUCGAAAGCCGGUGUGCAAGUGUUUAAGGAGUCUGUUGGGGUGGGUGAGAGUUCUGAGGUGGAGAAGGGUUUCAAUUCCGGUGAGUUGGUGAAAGAGAAUGGUGUUGGUGGUGAAGUAGGGAAGUCGAAGGUUGCGGAGGGUUUAGGCUCUGUUUCUGUGGCUGAGAUAGAGGAUAAGAAGGUUGUAGAGCCUAAGGAGAGCGAGGUUGUUAAUGGUACCGCAGAAGCUGUGAGGCAGAGUAGUGAGAAUGGCUUGGUUGAAGAACACGGUGUGCUGUUUACUGGUGGAGGUGACUCAGUUGUGCAAGCUGUGCAUGUUGAUUUGUCACACACAGGAGCAGCUGUUGUUGGCGAUGUGGAGAAGAUUGAGGAGUCUGAGAUAAAGGGGUUGGAGGUUCCGGUAGGGGUGAGCUUGGAUAAUGAGUUUGGUCAAAUUAGCCGUGAGGUUGAACAGCCGAAAGAUUCAGAGUUGGUUGCUGUGGAGUCUAAGUCUGACGGAGUGGUUGUUGCUGAACCAGCAGUUGAUAAGUUGGUUGAAGAACAUGGUGUUGAUAUCACUAGUGAAGGUGACUCAGUUGUGGAAGCUGUCCGUGUUGAUUUGUCACACACAGGAGCAGCUGUUGUUGGUGAUGUGGAGAAGAUUGAGGAAUCUGCAAUUAAAGGGUUGGAGGUUCCAGCAGGAGUAAGCUUGGAGAAUGGAUUUGAUCAAAUUGGCCGUGAUUCUGAAUUGCCAAAUGAUUCAAAGUUGGUGGAGUCUGAAAAAGCGGCUGUUGCUGAUCCAGCAGAUGAUAAGUUGGUUGAAGAACAUGGUAUGGAUUUUACUAGCAAGGGCGAUUCAGUUGUGCAAGCUGUCGAUGUUGAUUUGUCACAGACAGGAGCAGAUGUUGUUGGUGAUGUGGAGAAGAUUGAGGAAUCUGAAAUUAAAGUUCCAAUAGGCACGAGCUUGGAGAAUGGAUUUGAUCAAAUUAGCCGUGAUGUUGAAUUGCAGUCCGAGUCUGACAAAGUGGUUGUUGCUGAGUCGGGGAAUGUGGAGCAGAAAACUGUUGUUGCUGCUGCUGAGGAAGUAGAUUUCCAGGAGAGAGAGGAGAAAGAACUUGAACUGAAGUCCAAUGCUGCAACUGGACAGGAAGGGCCCACAAUGGAGAUAGGUGCUGCUGAAGUAAAAGUAGUGCCAGAUGAAACCCAGUCUGUGAACCAUGUUUCUGAUUUUAGUGUACUGAAUGCACCCGAGAGUGCUGAAAAGAGUGCAACUGACCAAGAAAUAAAAUUAGAGGAGGAAGAGGAGAAGCACUCUCUUGAUGAAAGUGGCAUUGAAUCUUUAGAACCGAGUUCCAUUUCACAUCAAGAGAUAAGGGUUGAAGCUGAAGAUGAUGACGAAGAUGAUGACGAUAAGGACGAUGAAGGGGAAAAUGAUGGUAUGAUAUUUGGGAGCUCUGCAGCUGCCAAACAAUUCUUGGAAGAGUUGGAACGGGAAUCAGGUACUGGUUCUUACUCAGGUGCAGAGAGUUAUGGUGACCGUUCUCUGAGUUAUCGUGAUGAUUCUCAGAGAGUUGAUGGGCAGAUUGUGACAGACUCAGAUGAAGAAGUGGACACUGAUGAAGAAGGGGGUGGAAAAGAGUUAUUUGAUUCUGCUGCAUUGGCAGCUCUUCUGAAAGCAGCAACAGGUGGCGCUGCGUCGGAUGGUGGCAGUGUCACAUUUACCUCCCCAGAUGGAUCCAGGCUUUUCUCUGUCGAGCGUCCUGCUGGUUUGGGAUCCUCAAUGCGGCCUAUGAAACCUGGUACACGACCAAACCCUUCUACUCUAUUUUCCAAUGCUACAGUUGGGGGAGAUACUGACAACAGCUUGAGUGAAGAAGAGAAAAAGAAACUGGAAAAAUUUCAGCAGAUAAGGGUUAAGUUCUUAAGGCUUGUUCAGAGAUUAGGUGUAUCUACAGAAGAUUCAAUAGCCAAGCAGGUUCUAUACCGCCUAGCUCUUGUUUCAGGAAGGCAAAAUAGUCGUGAGUUUAGCCUUGAAGCUGCAAAGACAACAGCUCUUGAGCUUGAAGCAGAUGGGAAAGACGAUCUUGACUUUUCCUUGAACAUACUGGUUCUUGGGAAAACAGGUGUGGGGAAGAGUGCUACUAUUAAUUCUAUUUUUGGUGAAGAAAAGACUCCAAUUUAUGCCUUUGGACCAGCAACAACCACUGUGAAAGAAAUUGUUGGAGUGGUGGAUGGAAUCAAGAUUAGGGUUUUUGAUACACCAGGUCUUAAAUCUGCUGCAAUGGAACAAAAUGUAAACCGCAAAAUUUUAUCUUCUGUGCAGAAGUUCACGAAAAAAUGCCCCCCAGAUAUUGUCCUCUAUGUGGAUCGGUUGGACACCCAAAGUAGGGAUCUAAAUGAUGUGCCAGUAUUAAGAUCAAUUACUAGUGCUUUUGGCCCUUCAAUUUGGCGAAGUACUAUAGUCACUCUAACCCAUGCUGCUUCUGCUCCUCCUGAUGGACCGUCAGGCUCUCCUCUGAAUUAUGAGUUGUUUGUUGCUCAGAGGUCACAGAUCCUCCAGCAGACCAUUGGACAAGCUAUUGGGGAUAUAAGGUUUACAAAUCCAAAUAUGAUGAGUCCUAUAUCUCUUGUAGAGAACCAUCCCUCCUGUCGAAAGAAUAGAGAAGGUGAGAAAGUGCUCCCUAAUGGUCAAAGCUGGAGACCUCAGCUAUUGCUCUUGAGCUCUUCUAUGAAGGUCUUAGCUGAGGCAACUAAUCUCUCAAAGCCUGCAGAACCAUUUGAUCACCGAAAACUAUUUGGUUUCCGCACCCGUUCAGCUCCUCUUCCAUACUUGUUGUCUUGGCUGCUGCAGUCUCGUACCCAUCCAAAGCUCUCUGGUGAUCAAGGUGGUGAGAAUGCGGACUCAGAUAUCGACUUGGCUGACUUGUCCGAUUCUGAUAAUGAGGAAGAGGAGGAUGAGUAUGAUCAGCUUCCAUCAUUCAAGCCUCUCAAGAAAUCUCAGAUUGCUAAGCUUAGCAAAGAGCAGAAGAAGGCGUACCUUGAGGAGUACGAUUACAGGGUUAAGCUCCUCCAGAAGAAGAUGUGGAGAGAAGAGUUGAAAAGGAUGAAAGAAAUGAAGAAGGGUAAUAAGGCUAGUGCAGACGAGUAUGGUUAUCUGGGUGAAGAAGAUCCGGAAAAUGCUGGCCCAGCAGCUGUGCCAGUUGCAUUACCUGAUAUGGUUCUGCCACCUUCUUUUGAUAGUGAAAAUCCAGCUUACAGGUACCGCUUCUUGGAGCCAACUUCUCAGUUCUUGGCUAGGCCAGUAUUGGAUGCCCAAGGUUGGGACCAUGACUGUGGGUAUGAUGGUGUCAAUCUUGAAUACAGUCAAGACAUUGUUAAUACUUUUCCAGCUAGUGUUGCUGUUCAAGUUACAAAGGACAAGAAGGAGUUUAAUCUCCAUUUGGAUUCUUCAGUUGCUGCUAAGCAUGGGGAGAAUGGAUCAAGUAUGGCAGGUUUUGACAUUCAAAACAUUGGAAAGCAACUUGCUUACAUUGUCAGAGGAGAAACCAAAUGGAAAAAUUUGAAGAAGAACAAGACUACUGCUGGAGUAUCCAUGACAUUUUUAGGUGAAAAUGUAUCCACUGGAGUCAAAAUUGAGGAUCAGAUUGCUGUUGGCAAGCGCCUGGUAUUUGUGGGUAGUGCUGGAACUGUCAGAUCUCAGGGUGACUCGGCAUAUGGAGCCAAUGUAGAGGUGCGGUUGAGGGAAGCAGAUUUUCCAAUUGGCCAGGAUCAAUCAUCAUUGGGUCUGUCUCUGGUGAAGUGGAGGGGUGACUUGGCCCUGGGGGCAAAUCUUCAGUCCCAGUUUUCCCUUGGACGAGACUACAAGAUAGCUGUUCGUGCAGGAUUGAACAACAAGCGCAGCGGACAGAUCUCGAUUAGAACAAGCAGCUCUGAACAACUUCAAAUUGCACUUGUGGCUGUCAUUCCAAUCGUAAGAUCCAUCUACAAUCUUAUCUUCCCUGGAGCUUCACUCAGUGAGAAUUACUCAAUCUACUAGAUCUUGUUCUGUCCAUUCAUUAUCUGUUUCUUUGGAUUAUGUUAUAUUUUGUGGAAUAAACUCAUAGUUUUAUUUGAUCUAGAACUUGCUAUAAUUUUUAGACAAGUUUAGAUUGCAUAAUGAGUUGUAUUGAAAUGAGAUGAUACCUUGAGGGAAUUCAAUAUUUACUUUGUUCAGUGAGA